GACUUGAAGUUGUUUGCUGAAUGGAUUGCAAGUAUAGGUGAUGGUAUUGCUGGUGAAAUAAAUGACGGUUGUGUCUCCAUUAAAAUUCCCGAUGACAUCUUGAUCAAGUACUCAGGAGAUCCAAUUGCUAAGAUUGUGGAGACAAUUUAUCCUGAUUAUCAAAAAUCAAGUACGAAUUUGAGUUACUUGAGAGAUAGAGCCAUUCUUGCUCCCACUCUUGAUGUAGUUGAUUCUGUUAAUGACUAUAUGACGGCUUUGAAUACUAAGGAAGUGUCGAGAACCUACCUUAGUUCAGACAGUGUUUGCAAAUCCGAUGCCACACAUGAUCUAAUCGCAGAGUUGCACACUCCGGAAUUCUUGAACAGUAUAAAGCUUUCUGGACUGCCAAAUCAUGUAUUAACUUUGAAAGUUGGGACCCCAAUCAUGCUUUUGCGUAAUAUUGAUCACUCGAUGGGUUUGUGUAAUGGGACACGACUAAUCAUAACAAAGAUGUGCGAUCAUAUCUUAGAAGGUAUGGUUUUGAAUGGUAUGAGUGUGGGACAAAAAGUUUUAAUACCACGGUUGACUUUGACACCGUCUGAUACUCGAUUACCAUUUAGAUUUCAAAGGAGACAAUUCCCUAUUAUGGUUUCUUAUGCAAUGACUAUCAAUAAAAGUCAGGGCCAAUCUCUCAGUCAUGUUGGUCUCCUUCUGAAAAAACCAGUGUUUAGUCAUGGACAGUUAUAUGUUGCAGUGUCAAGGGUAACCAAUCGUGCCGGUCUCAAAAUCCUCAUUCAAAAUGAAGAUGGUCUUCCAGAGGAUGAAACAAUGAAUGUUGUUUACAAAGAAGUUUUCCAUAAUGUGUAAUAUUUCACUUUAUACAACGAUGUUAUUACUUGAGACUACUAUUUGACACAUCAUCCUUUAAUUCAUGUGUUGUAUGAUGUAUCAUGUUUAACUUUAUAACUGAUUAAAUUUUGAUAGAUGUCCAAUUUUUACCCACCAAAAAUUUCACCCACCGUGCAUCGCACGGGUACAUGCUAGUUUGGAACAAAAAAUAAUAGGAUCAUAAUUUUGAGAUGUACGGACUAAUAUAAAUUGAAUUGACAAAGCUCUUCAGAUAAAUAAAGCUAAUAAAUUUUUGUGGGAUAGAAAAAAUUACAUCAUAAAAACAAUGAUUUUAUCAUCAGAUAACUAUUUUAAAUCUGAUAAACCAUUUUCACUUUGAUUCCAAUUUAAUAUAAUAAUAUUAGUAGAUUAUUACAAUAUUCUACUUUAUCAGGGUUUGGGUAUUUAUCAUAUGUCAUAAAAAUAGCCUUUCUGUCUUCCAGAGGAACUUAUUUUUUGGUUUAAAGACCAGACCUAUUACAUUCAAUAGAAACAGGGCAAUUGAAAAAAAUUGAACUCAAAUUUUGAGUAUCCUUAUUCGCGCUUAGGAUGUUUUCUGUUGGAUUGUUUCCAAGUUCCAAACCAGAACAGAUCAAUUCAAACCAGAUUUAAACAGAUCAGACCAUAUCAUACUUGGACAGUUAUAAUGUACUCUGAAAUCAGUCAUUUAUCAGACCAGACUUAAACAGAUCAAGAGUCCGUUUGGUACCACGAAAUCGACUGAUUUGGCUGAUUCUGCUGAAAUUUCUCAAGUUCUAGCUGAAGUGGCUGCAUUGGCUGAUUCUGCUGAUUUAAGAUAAAAUUAUUUUUAAAAUAUAUUAUAUUAAUAAAAUAAAUUAAAAAAAUAUACGUAAAAAUAGCUAAAAUGAUCAUCUACAGUAACUUCAUCCAAACAACCAGAAAAGUAACUUCAACCUUACUUUUUCUGCUUAUUACACAAUUCAGUGCGCGAAAAUGAAAAUUACGUGUUUGGUGAAAAAGUUGGCUGAUAAGCCGAAAAAAUGUGUUGCCAAACAGCACCUAAAUCAGACCAACAAAUUUCACUCCAAAAGAAAACAUUCUUAAUUCACGACAUUGGUGGAUGAUUAAGAUUCCAGGGUAUGAGGCAUUAAGUUUUUAUAUUGUUUUACCAGACACCUCUGUUAUCUCAGAUUGUGUUAAACUGGAAUAUGUGCAUUUAAUGAGAUGAUCAUAAGAAAACUACGUAGUACAGUAUAAAAGCUCAAUGAUAGACCGACCAAGACUUUUGACUUAGUGACAAGGAAAAUAUGAGCGCGAAUUUCCACCAGACCAAAGUUCCUACUCAAGGGGACCACAAAACGACUUCACGAGAAAUCAACUUUAUUUGUUAGUCACAGCUCACUAAAUCACGUGCAGUGUUCAUUCAAUUAUUAUAAUUAUUACUAAUAUUAAUAUUACUAUUAUUAUUUAAAUGUCAUGAUUAGACUCAUUAGAGUUUGUUCAGCUCCACACAUUCACAUGGCACUAGUGAGCCAAACAAGCUCGUUUGAUAACACUAAAAUUGGCUGUAUUGGUUGAUUCUGUUGAAAUUUAAGAAGUUCUGGUUGAAGUAGCUGUAUUGAUUGAUUCUACCAAUUUAUGAAAAAAUUAUAUUUAAAAUAUUUGUUAUUAAUAAAUUAAUAAAAACUUAUAUGAAAAAAUUGUUAAAAUGAUCCUCUACCAUAACUUCAGCCAAUACAGCCAGAAAAGUAACUUCAAUCUUACUUUUUCUGCUUAUUAGACAAUCCAGCACGCGAAAUCAAAAGUUACGUGUUUGGUGCAAAAGUUUGGAGGUGAGGGGGGAGGGUUGGGGGUUCAUUAGGAAAAGCAAAAAAAAAAAAAAAAUGAACCGAGGCACGGCCCGACCCGGACCCAGGGGUUACCCGGGCCGGUUCCGGGCCUCCCCUCUCAUGAACCGAGGCCCGGCCGGGCCCGAACCGGCCCGAGUCCACCCCUACUAUCGGUAUUUCAAUUAAAAUACUUCUACAACUUCCAUAAUUAGUAUAGGCCACAUUCGCUAUAAUAAAAACCUUUUAUACCUUUCAACAAAACAACCUUUUAUAUCAAUACAUCAAAUUUUUGACCUGUUUAUAUCUCAAAUUGUUGUAUAUGUAUUUAUCGUGUUGAUUUAGUUAUUUCUUCAAAUUCAGUACCUUCAAAAUAUUUAUCGUGUUGAUUAAAGCCAUACUUAGAUUAUUUUACAUCAAUUUUUUACCAAAUUAUUUUUUGAAAACAAAAGAACGCCUUUUAUAUUAACAUAAAAGAAAGCAUAAAAGACCUCCAGACAGUUACAAACAUAAAUCAGUCACCUCGUAUAAAACAAAUGACUCUCUAGACACAAACGAACAAUUUUAAACCUACAAUGAGUAGUUCAAACACGCCUAUCAAAAGUAAUUAAAAAAUCCAAUUAUCAAAAUCAAACUUACUCAAACUACAAUAAAAACAAGUACUUCUAAACUACUAAAGAAGAAAUCUCAAUACUACGUAUAUUUUUUCAUCUUCAUAAGCCAAAUACAAGUUUAAAUACUCGUAAUAUUUUUGUUCAACAAUGGUGGAUCUAAAUGAACUGAAAUGGCUAAUUUAUGUUCAAAAAGAUUAGAUCAAACAAACAAGACCAUAACAAAAAUUUAAGUUUAAGUGAAGUGUGACUCUUACCGAACUAAUUCACUGUGAAGUGUGAAUAUUUGACUUUAAAGGGCUGCUAAUAUUUGUUAAUAGGAUAUAUCAUAUGUGACGAUCAUUUAUUACACUUAACAAAAUUUAGUUUGCAACCACCCAAAUAUGACACUUUCGCUUUAAAACAUAACAGUAAUGUUAACAGGGAAUAACACCCUUUUAUCAUUCAAUAAAUGAAUGACAAUAUGAGCCCAACUGAUGAUAUACUUCCUUCCCUUUCCUUCGUCUAAAUUUUGCCUAAACUUUCUCUUUUAAAUUGUCUCAUGUCCUAUUAACUUUACAAUUUUCUCUUUUAAAGGAGAGUUUAUAGUUCUAGCUAAUUCUUUUUUUGCUGCACAAACGUCUAUCACACAAUUUGUACUUUAUUAAUCCCGUGUCAAUUAAACUUUGACUAGUUUUAAGGGGCACGCGGAGUCGAAAAGAACAUGCAAUCAACCCACUCAAUAAUCAAAGAGAUUUUAGUGUGUACUCGCACUGGUUGCUCGAGUUAAAAUCUGUAAUUCCCACAAACAACAAAUGUGUGAGAGUUUAACUCCUUAUACACACCAAACUCUUAAACCAUUCUUUUGAAAAAAUAGUGUGCGGUUAAAACUUCAUUUACCCUUCCCUCCCAAUUUUCUAAGCCUGGUGUGAGACUGUGGGAGCACCUAUUCCCUCUUUUGAGUUGAGAGAUCCAAGUGUGUAUUUGAGUUUUCUUGGGUCACUCUACGCAUGCAAACACUUUAAAAAAAGCAUCUUUUAUGAUUUGAUGAUACCACCAGGAUAAAAUAUGCCCUUUCCUUCUCACAACAUGUACUAAAGAUUGCUCCUUUAUGAUUUGAAGAAACAACUUGGAAAAAAGAUGCCUUUCCUUCUAACAACAUGUACUAAAGAUUGCUCCUUUCUAUUUCAGGCCCAGAAAUUUGAAUAUGACAUUGGAUAAGAAAUCUGAAUCCAGCAAUUCAAGGCAUAGAAUUUGAUAGCACUACAACAAUUGAUAAGUUAAACCAGACAAACCCAAAUUGAAAAUAAACACAUUCAUUCAUUCAUAACCAAAGAAGAAAACAGAUAACAGGUAGAAACUAAAUUAACCUCCAUCUGCUGCUGCUAAUCUGAAGCCGGGGCAGGAGUAGAACUGGCCUCUUCAGGUUUUCUGCACAGAAUCAUAUGCAUUGGAGUGAAUAUUCCGGUCUCUCCUCCUUUCGUCAAAUAGUCAGCUGUGACGAAUAGCAUUUCAUGGACAUCCACCGUCCCCUUGGGGGCUAUUCCGAGCCAUGACAGUAUGGUCACUAGGACAUGGUUUCUCCAGUAAGCGAUCCGACCCAUUUUCAGCCUCGUCCACCACGGGUUCGACGGCGGCUUUGCCAAAUCCUUUUCCUUCACCACCUCGAAACCCACUUUUCUGGCGACCUCCGGGAUGUCCUUGUAGCAUCUGAGCCCCGGCAGGGCAUCCCCCCUCUCAAUCCCGUGGAUGAUCUCGACGUGUUCCGGGUUCUCGGGUCGGUACGAUUCGGUUGUGACCCAUUCGUACGAAACGUACAUGGAUCCGGGUUUCAAUACCCUGUAGAUCUCCUUGUACACGUCCUCCAGCUGCGGCGCGUGACAGGUGGCCUCAAUCGAGUACGCGCCGUCGAAGCUGUUGUCCGGGAACGGCAUCUGCAUAAAGUUGCCGCAGAUGACCUCGCACAGGGAAUCCAGCCCGGCUUUCUUGUUGUGCAUCCGGGCCCGUUUCACCUGGUACUCGUUGAUGGUGAUCCCCACGACUUUCGCGCCGGAGUGGGCGGCAAUCGCGCGCAUCGGGCCUCCCACGCCGCAGCCGGCGUCCAGAAUGCGGCUCCCCGGCUUCACGCCGAGCAGAUCCACGGCCAUCUCCUCGUGGAGGCGCGUGGCGUCGCGAUGCGAUUUCCCCUGAACCGAGGGGGAAAAGUGGAACGAUUGGCCCCACCCCCACUCGUAAAUAUCGGUGACGAGGUUGUAGAAGGUGUCGACGAAGGCGGGGACCUUGUCCGCCGUCUCGAUCUCCUUGGGGCGGCGGAAAAAGGACCAGUACUGGUCGUACUUGUCCUGCACAUUGUCCUUGUCGAUGGAGCCGCCGGAGAGGUGGACGGCGCGCUUGCCCUUCUGCUCGGCGGAGCCCAGAAUGCAAACGAACCAGUAGACGCCGCCGGCGAUGAGGGCGGCGGUGCAGAACAGAGUGAGAGGGUCCAUCUCAGGGGAGGCAAAAUUGGCGUUUUUUUAAUUACUUAAUUAACGGGAACAGUUAUGAAGAAAAAAGAUUGAUUCAUUCAUUCAUUCCUUGGGCAGAGUCAGAAGAGGCCAAGUUAUAGGCGCAUUCCCACUAUUACACAUACUGUAGUGGGAGUUUUAUGUUGCCGUUUAUUCAUUUAUUUAUUGUAGAGGACACGUGACUGCAUAUGAUCCCAAUUUGAAAAUAUGGCCAACUCUGGGUGAGGGUUGUUGAAAAAGAAACUAAUAACUUUUCUACUUUUAAACAAUUAUUAUUAGGCCACGGAAUCAUACAUAUAUAUAGGGC